AUGUGGACAGUGUCCCGGUCCUGUUUGGCGGCGGCGGUGCGUUCGACUGUGCUCUGCCAGAAGAAGCAGAGCGCCGCGGGGUACAUGGCGAGUGCCGGCAAGGUGGGGAGCGAGGAAAAAUGGGCGCAAACUGCUAUGGAGUACAUUCACGAGAAAAAUCACGUGAAUGAUGCGCGGAAGAGACAGCAGGACGUCGACCAGGAGCGCAGCAUCUCUGGCGCCUACGACCGCUACUCCGCUGUAUCGGAAGCAAAGUUUGACAAGCGCCUUUCGCGCCUCAUAGCGCGCAUGUCCGAAGCGCUUGAAGAGAUGCAAAAGUUAGGCCUGAAGGAAGCGCUGGAGGAGGCGGUGCUGCUCAAUUCAGAGCAACCACCAGGCCACUACCGCCGCCCGUCCCUCACCCCUCCCUUAGUGGGGUACGAGCCAGGCUUUGGUCUUGAUGUACCACAGCUGCGCAGUCAGCAAGCCGAGUACCCGCCACUGCGCCGCCCGACAGACUGGCUGGAAUUCGGCGAGGGAGGUGAUGACUUCCCGUACGUCGACACCCACAAGAUCGAGGAUUUGACAGCAAAGCAUGAGGCACGGCUGGAGGAACAGCACGGCGUGUUGCGGGAGGCUGCGCCGCUCACCGGUGUGGAGGGCGAGGGAUGGGAAGCUUACGUCGCGCUGCACCGCAAGGCACUUGCUCGUCAGCACCUCAUCAUAGACCUGCAUAACGACCCUGAGCUGCGCGCUAAGUACGAUGCCGAUGAAACCUUCCGUGCUGCGGAGUGGGAAAAGCGAGGCAUUAAGCCCCUGCACAUUGAGGCGCCACUGGAGCGCGACGUGGAGUUUCACUACGCGCAGGUACCUGCCUACGAGGCGUUUCGCUCGCUGUGA